AUGUGCGUUCAGUGCUGGCUUUCCAUGAGCGACGACGGUGUCCACCUUAUCAACCGGGACGACUCCGGAUGGGCUACGCAGACUCCUCCAACUACUUCGCAGACUGUGCAAGCGCAGACAGCACUACAAAUUCCAAGAGGCAAAGUUGCAGAGAAUCUCGGUAGCGGUAGUCAGGCAAGCAGCGUUGGUGAUGCCGGGCCUUCAAAUGCAGAAAUCUCAAGAGAGCACACCAACCGCGAGCUGGCCCACAAGUGUGAGGAUGACAAAACGAAUGAGGGUGAUAUAGUCGGAAAUCAGUCCGAACCCCGAAGCAACAAUGUGGAUAUUGACCGCCCGUUCUCUGUACUUCUUCAAGCCGUUGACCUCGUCACUCAGGAGAAGAGUACUGGCGACAAUGACUCUCAUGUCAUUCGUGCUCACAGCUCGCAUUCUCUAUUUGGGGCAUCUCACGAAGAUGAGAGGAGGGACCGAAAUCGGACUGAGAACGUCCAGCCGAAUCUUCCAACAAGGGGGAUUGUUUUUGGUCCGCCCAUUGAUGGCGUUCGAUAUUACACUGUUCCCCGCGGAGAUCCCCUAGAAGUUUUGGCGGAUCGGUACGGGGGUACGUGCUUUUUCAUUGACAAAAAUGAAAGAGACGGUAUUGAAACCCUAUACAUCGUACGGCGGCUUGGCCCGGAUGUCAUAAUAGCCAUGACCCCAAGGCCGGAGUGGUAUACUAAUCCGGAGCCAGAGCCGCCGCGAGGGAAUGGAUGGCCACAUCCAUUCCCUGGUGAUAUGGAGCGUUACCGCCAGCGUGUCAACAGAGAGCGGGAAAGGAACGAGAUAAUGGAGCAAGAUGAUUCUGAAGCUGAAACGCUUCGUCGAUCUACCAGCGCUUCUUCCUCGUCCCAGGAGAGCGACUAUGAUGAAAAAGCCGGGAGUACACAUCGAGACACGCAGCCGCCUCCUACUUCGACUAUAGCUCAGCAUUCCGCCGAGAAGGGCUCAGUCCAAGGUGAGCGUGGAAUUUCAGACCAUAAAAUGCAGGGCAUCCCUAAUGCCGCACCAGGGCACUCUCAAGCCGAUUCUCGCGGUCAUGACCGGGCGUUUGAAGAGGAACACAAAAUGGAUCUAGAUGCCACUGGACCGGUCCCUAUAUUUCCCAUGCAAGCUCCCUUACUUGCUCCUCAACCUCGGCCAGCCGUUCUCCAUGGCGUUCUUAGAUCGAGUCACCAAGUCGAUAGAGUUCCCAGAUACUCGCCAUAUCCGACCCGCUCCAUCAAUACCAGCGGUCAGCUUCCUACAAAUGCUGCAACGCUCCAGGGUACCCCGAACAUCAACCGCAAUGGCCCGAACCCAUCCUCAAGAAAUGUAGGAACACGGGUUUAUCAGCAAGCUCAGGGUGUCGAAUCGUGGCCUCAAAUGGCACAGGGUGCGAGCACCUCAAAUGUGCACGGUGACAAUACAUUCCAUCAGCAGCAGAUCCGAGGAUCUGACUCACAUGGCGGCACUCCCGGUCUUGAUACCAGCCAGACCAGGGCAAACUCGAAUCAGGCACCAUAUUCACUCCCGUCGCAGAAUAUCCAACCUCCCAACCAUAGUCAUCACCCCUAUUCUGCCAAUAAUUUGACUGGCACGGAGGCUCAUCAAAUCCCAGAGCAUGCGCCAAUGGACCCGAGUGGUAGGGCAGCUAGCGGGACCUUUGCUGCUUCACACCCUCCAUCUCACCGAGUCCUGAAUGCUGCGAAUCAGUCCCACCGACAGUCAGAGACUGCUGCUGCUAAUCCACCAAAUACCACUGGUCAACAGCGCUCAAACCAGAGACGACAGCAAGGCCAGCCUGGAACCAGCCAACAGAGAGGUUCCACUAGACACACCACACGCGCUUCGCGACCUGCAGUCGGCUCAAGUGUUCCCGGCCAGUCUUUUAGAGCCGGCAAUCCCAGAGAUACAAUUGCUAGCGUCGUUAUGCACACAAACAUCCAGCUUGUUCGCAACAGCGGCGGGGAGGCGAGCAGCAAUGCCACCCAUCAGCCGGGACCCAUGUAUGUCGGAGGAGUAGUCCAGCACUCUGCAGCAUUUGGCAGUCAUACCGGAGUCUCCGCAACACAUCGCACCUCCGUCGCAAGCGGCACCAAUCCCCCUUACAUACCUGGCAACUCAGCCAGUGGACAAGGCCAGCAAAACCAACCAGGCACCAGCGCUCCAAGAGGAACAUUUGCCAUCCCGGGCGAAUAUAUCCGCGGCCAAACGGCAGGCGAAGUAUGGAUCAGGGUGGUAAGAAGGGAGAAUCUUGGAAGUGCGACUACGACUACGACUACUGGGUCUGGGUCUGCUCAGCAGUCUUCUCCACAGGGUCCCAGCGGUACUGGUGCUCCAAAUAAUGGCGGUGGUGCUAGUACUACUGCUAAUAAUAACGCAGCUGCUAAUAUUGGCGGCCACAGGAGCAGAGGUCAGGCGAGAACAGGCGCUGCAGUUGCAGCAGAUAAUUCUCCUUCUAAUGCACCUCCAGGUCCUGCAUCGUCUUAGGUUCCGUCUAAUUAUUGCUCGUGAAGUCUCGAAUGACGCAGAGGGACUAUCUAUUGCUUCGACUCUGGUUGAAUUUUUGGUUCUCGUUCUCGUUCUCUUUGGCUUUUAAUCUUUGUUUCUUUGUUUCUUCCUUUCUUCCUUUCUUCCUUUCUUGCUUUUCCUCUCCUCGUCCCGUUCCUAUCAUAAUGAAAGUCCAAAGACUAGACGGUUUGCUACAUGUCUGCGACUUAUGACUUAAGACUAAUGACUUUUACACUCUCCACUCCGUGGCACUGCAUUUAGUUUCUUUCUUUUUUUCUUUUUUUUCUUUUUUUUUUUUUUUUU